AUGAGUCAAGCAUUUCUACUUAUUGAAAAUUUUGAUGUGUGUAGAAUAUGUUUGACCGAGCGUCAUACAGAUGGUCAUGAACCGUUUGUACACAUCACGACGCUCUUCGACGGGCAAGAGUCAAAAGAGAUAAUUUUUGAUUGGCUUAAAAUCAAUAUCAAGUCCGAUGAUGGUUUGCCCAAUAUGCCCAAUAUGAUUUGCAAAUGCUGCUCUGUAACACUAGACAACUUUCAUGCACUGAUGAACACAGCAAAUGAAUCUUAUAUUGUACUGGAUUAUAUUGCUAAGAAAAGAGUAAGCGAGAUAUGUAAUAUUAAAUUUAAGAUUUUUUAUUUGAAAUUUAUAAACUUAACACGUUCACUGCGUACUAACGCCAAUUGGCAUCAUAAGUAUCAUUCAGCAACGCGUUUGACGCCAUUUGGCGUCUAA